CUGGCACUUGCCCUGGCACCCCGCUGGGGCGUUGCUGCGAGGCCCUGCCGGCGCACGGGGAGGCAGCGGGUUGCCGGGGGUACGCGGCCUGGCUCGACGAGGGCAGCGGGAUGAGCGGCAAGGAAGGAUCGGGUGGGUUCAGAAAACGAAAACAUGACAAUUUUCCACGCAGUCAGAAAAGAGAGGAAAAAGAGAAUGUUACUCCAUCUUCAGCUUUGAUGACAUCUUUCAAAUCAUUUCAGCAGGAGCUUGACACCAGGCAUGAUAAAUAUGAACGGCUUGUGAAGCUCAGUCGUGAUAUAACUAUUGAAAGCAAAAGAACGAUAUUUCUGCUCCACAGGUUUAUCAGUGCUCCCAAUGGGGAAGAAAUAUUAAAUGAAUCUGAAGUAAAACUAGAUGCUGUUCGACGGAAGAUUAAGCAGGUUGCACAAGAACUGAUUGGAGAAGACGUGUAUCAGUUCCACAGAGCUAUAUCUCCAGGACUUCAGGAAUACGUUGAGGCGGUCUCAUUUCAGUAUUUUAUCAAAACACGCUCUUUGAUUAGUGUUCAAGAGAUCAACAAACAACUAAUAUUUACAGCAGAAGACAGAGAAGAAACAACAAACACGACCUCCAGUUCCCAUGAUAAACAACCGCAUACUUGGAGCCUGAAGAUAACACCUGUCGAUUACCUGCUGGGAGUGGCUGAUCUAACUGGAGAGCUGAUGCGGCUGUGCAUCAGCAGCGUUGGAAAUGGUGACAUAGACACACCUUUUGAACUGAGCCAGUUCUUACGUCAGAUUUACGAUGGUUUUACUUUCAUUGGCAACACUGGACCUUACGAAGUAUCUAAGAAGCUGUAUACCUUGAAACAGAGUCUGGCAAAAGUAGAGAAUGCCUGCUAUACGUUAAAAGUACGGGGAUCUGAAAUCCCAAAGCACAUGCUGGCUGAUGUGUUCUCCACCAAAACAGAAUUGAUUGAUGAUGAUGGUCUUCCUUAAAAUAAGGAGACUGUUGCAACGCAGAAGGAGAGAGGACUUAGGGAAGGCUUUCUAGUUAUGGUCUGUGGGGUUUCGACUCUUCUCAAAGCUUUUUAGGUAGAGACAUUUGUAGUUUUAUCUGAGAGAAUAUUGUUUGCAGUGGUUAAUUUGUAACUGAACAUACUUCUGAUGUGCAAGAGAACAAAUGUUUGACUUUGUCAUUUCAGUUCGGAAUUUCCUGUAUUGCUCCAUUGUAUCUUUCUUCAGAAUUACCAGAAUUUCCACUGCACUCUACACCAGUGACUGUCCUUCUUGUGAGUCACCUCAGACUGUUGUGUUUGUUGUUAACAGUUUCUGGCAAGCACAGCAGUGGAAUAAAAAUGGUGAGGUACUGUUAUUUAGCAUUAUCCAUGUAUUUCUGCUGACCUGUUUUUUGAGUAUUUGGGUUCUAUACUCAUACCUAAAAUAAUGCACCUAUCUAUGUGUAAGUUCAUCCCUUGCCUUGAAACUGAGGUAGUCUCAAAGGUGCCAUGUAACUAAGUUUUUUCUGAUUAAUGCUUUUGCAAAUGAAGCUGAAACUAGGUCAACUUUUUGCCAGUUGAUAGUGAAGCUAAUCGCACCAGGUAAAUACUGCUGUGCACUCGUUAUUUUGGGGCUCUGUUUAAAUUGAGCUUUGUUCAAGUUAACUCUGGUACUUCACGGUUUUGACAUGAACUAGAAAAUCCACAAAAAAAAAAUUGUGGAAUAUAUUGCAGGUUUUGGCCAAAACAAACGCGUUGUGGCAUUGGAAUUCUGUUCUCCGUUGUUUGUGCUGCCCUGAGGACCUCCAGUGGGGUUGAACUGGUAUAAGUGGGAAAGAGCCAAGCUUUAAAUAUCUGUUAGCAGGAACUAUAUCAUGUGCAUGUUCCUAUGGAAAGGAAAUUGCAAACAGAAAUAAGACAGACAUUCUGACUUCCACAUUUAUCUUUGAGGUAUGUCACCAUUGGCAAAAAAUCAGGGCUUUCUGCCGGUGUCUGAAGUUAUGAAAGUCUGAUAAUGUACAUUAUGCUAAAGGAAAACAGAUAAAACAACAUGAUCUUUAGACUUCAGGAAAUAGGCCUCCCAACUGUAAUUGAAAAUACUGCAUGUUCUUUAUUUCCACUUCCAUAUACUGUGAUAGUGCCAAUAUUUUUCCCAUGAGCAUGUCCUGAAUAGCUGGGACUAUCUGACACAUGGACAGGAAUGGGUAAAUACAUUUCUAUCACAUUUUUCCAUUGUUUCCACAUAAAGCAAUAUAUGGUGGGUUGAACAAGGAGUGGCUUUUUUCCUACUGUUAAAUAUUAUUUUCUACAAUAAAUUCUAAAAACUA